ACCCGGAUGCGCGCUCCCUCCACUCGUCAUCAAGCGCGCUCUGUGGGGCGCGUCCGUGUGCUACUGCAAGUGUAGACGGGAGUGCUGCAUUGGAGCUCAUUCAAUUCCAGACGCCGACACACAUACAGAAUACAGCCAUGGCCUCCGGUGUGACAGUGACGGAUGAUGUGAUUACGGUCUUCAAUGAGAUGAAGGUGCGCAAAGCACAAGCCAACGAGGACGAGAAGAAGAAGAGGAAGAAGGCAGUGCUCUUCUGUCUGAGCGAAGACAACAAGCACAUCAUUCUGGAGGAGGGCCGUGAGAUCCUGAUUGGUGAUGUUGGAGAGUGUGUCAAGGACCCCUACCUGCACUUUGUCAAGAUGCUGCCUCCAGAUGAUUGCCGCUACGCUCUGUAUGAUGCUACCUAUGAGACGAAGGAGACCAAGAAGGAGGACCUUGUCUUCAUCUUCUGGGCCCCAGAAAAUGCUCCUCUGAAGAGCAAGAUGAUCUAUGCCAGCUCCAAGGAUGCCAUUAAGAAGAAAUUUACAGGUAUUAAGCACGAGUGGCAAGUUAACGGGAUAGAGGACAUCAAGGACCGACGCACCCUUGCCGAAAAGCUUGGAGGCUCAUCAGUGAUUUCUCUCGAAGGGAGCCCUCUAUAAAUUUACCUCGGGGCUUCGGUUGAGCCCUACCAGAAAACAAAAUAUUUGAAGGGUUUGGCUGUUCAUUCCGAUAUGGGUGGGAGGAGGAGUGGGGGAAAAAAUUAAGGGGGGAAUAGAUGGGAGGGAUAUCUUUGUGGGGGGGUUAUGUCUGACAGUUAAAUUUCAAAAUUGUAGGCUGUCAUUCCAGUUCAUGCAGACAAUGAACAAAACAAAUACAAAAAUGAUUUAACAGAAUACUGAAGGAUGAUGAUCAUUAAAACAAAUAGAACUAAAAAAUGGUGUAAGAUUCAGGACAGUGUUUUUCUGGCUUUCAAUAGACUGAAGUGAUGGAAGGGCAACCGUUACAAUUCAAACUUCAAUCCUGCUAAAAUACUGUUAAUUUACUUUUUGCCAAACUUCUAGUUUCCUUUUUCUUUACCGUUAGUGCGUAAUUGAGCCUAGGUGUAAUACAACUGAAUUUUACAAAACUUGCACAAGCUUUUAAGCUGCGGCUUUUUGGGAACACAUUUCAGUUUGUUUUAACAAACUUGUCAAUAUAAAUUCCAGAACUUGUCGAUUCAAGGUUUUGUUUGCAGAUAUUGCACCAAAUUAGACCAAGUCAUUGAAGGAAUAAAUACCACGAGACCAAGUUCUACCUGCAAAUACAGUAACCAGUUAAUAAGCCUUGAAGGGUGGAGAAAGAGUGAAGGAGGUGUGCUUAGCGAAGUUGGUGGGCAGCCUGUGUACAGAGUGUCGAAGGCAAACGGGUGCAUGGUUGGUGGAUGUUUUGUAUCGUCUCCUGAUCUCUAAUAAAAAAAGCACUAAACUACCA